AUGGACGGAACAGUUCAGGCACAGACAUACUUGCAGGCUCAAACCAACGGCCAGCGAUACUGGGACUCGAUCCACGAGUCGUGUCAAUGGGGCGCCACCGACGACGGCGGAAUGAACCGGCUCACUCUCAAUGAUGACGACAAACAGGUGCGUCUGUGGUUCAUUGCCGAAGCCGAAGCUCUGGGCUGCAAAGUGACUGUGGACUCCAUGGGCAACAUUUUCGCGGUUCGACCUGGAAAGAAUAACGACAUUCCGCCUAUUGGAAUGGGCUCGCAUCUCGACACGCAGCCUCGAGGCGGCCGAUACGACGGAAUUGCCGGUGUCAUUGCCGGUCUCGAGGUGAUCCGAGCUCUCCACGAAGCCGAUCAUACCACCUAUGCACCCAUUGCUGUCAUUGAUUGGACCAACGAGGAAGGCGCCCGGUUCCCCAAGGCCAUGGUUUCCUCGGGUGUGUGGGCCGGAAAGAUCCCCCAAGAACACGCCUAUGAUCUGCGAGACGUCAACGAACCCGAUACCAAAUUUGUGACCGAGUUGGAACGAAUCGGAUUCAAGGGAACCACCCCCGCCAGCUACAAAGAUCUGCCCCUCUCUGCCCAUUUCGAACUUCAUAUCGAACAGGGUCCCAUUCUGGAAGCAGAAGAGAAGGAUGUGGGAAUCGUCACAGGUAUCCAGGGCAUGCGGUGGUACGACGCAGAGGUGAUUGGACGAGAGGCCCACACCGGAACAACCCCCAUGAACCGACGAUGUGACGCUUUGGUGGCAGCUGCUGCCAUGAUCCAGGCAAUUGAAGAGACGGCCGUUUCUCUGGGAGGUCUGGGAACCGUGGGAAUCAUCAACUCACUGCCCCAGUCCACAAACACCAUUCCCGGAGAAGUCAACUUCUCUAUCGAUCUCAGACACACGGACGAGAGCAAGGUGGACGAGCUGGAAAAGGCCGUCUUUGAUAAGCUGGAGGAGAUUGCCAAAAAGCGAGACGUGACCUUCACACACUCCAUGAAAUGGACCUCUCCUGCCCUGCACUUUGAUCCCGAGUGUCAGAAGGCCCUCGAGCUGUCGGCCAAGCACGAAAAGAUGUCCUACCGACGUCUUCAAUCCGGUGCAGGACACGACUCGGGCUACACCUCUUAUGUGUGUCCCACAGCAAUGCUUUUCAUUCCCUGCAGAGACGGUAUUUCCCACAAUCCCGCCGAGUACUCCACUCAGGAGCAGUGCUCCAAGGGCGCCUCAGUGCUGCUCGGCGGUAUUCUCAGAUACGACGAUAUGCUUGCAGAGAAGAAUGGUAAAUAA